GCUCUCAUCAGUGUCCACCCAGCCCCGUUGCUCGGCGGAGGCCGCCGAGCGUCGUCCCACCCGCACGCGUCUUCGUCUCAGGUCGCGCGUCGCGUCUCCGUCACGGCGGGACACCCGCAUGUCGUUCCUCGGGAUCCUCGCGCGCCGUACCACUGCCCACACGACCCCCGCGGGGGUCGAUAACCCGCGAGGAGGCUCCUCCAACUUCUCCCCGAGAGUACGUUGCACCCGUUCCAAGAAAGUCAGUGGAUCGUCACGUUUUCAAUCUCCUCGCAUUUCUGAGAUCGCGCCGCGUGCGCCGAGAUUUCAGCGACCAACGAUUCUGCGGACCAACCGAUCCUCUGUGAUAUUUUGCCGAAUAAUUUCACGAGAAAAUUCAACAUCCAACGGUGAUUCGCCUUUACUAACGGCGCGCCGGGAUCAAACAGCAACACUCGCCAAGGUAAUCGCGGCGCAGCGAUGUUCAACCUCUAUCAGAGCCUAAACAAGAAGGACGACGGUGACGGGCAGCGGAACCGCGAGUCGGAGGUGACCGGUCACGACAGAUUCUGUCAGCAUCGUACCGGUCACUCGAGCACCCGUCGCCGCCGCCGCGCCGUCAAUCGCAGGACGCAAAGUGCCACCGAGCUGAACCCCAGGGCGAUGAGCACCGCGCGGGGCUCGUUGCGACGUGGUCGCAGCGUGAGCACGGAGGACGAGAAUGAGAGCGAGGACGACAAGGGCCAUCAGCUGGCGAACAAGCUGGACAAUCUGGCGCGGCUGCUCUUCAGCCGCGUGUCAGCGGCACGGGGAUACAAGGAUCAGGGAGACGUCAAGAACGGCCGUUACACAGCGCUGAAUCAUGGCUCGAAAUCUGUCAGCGAGGAUGGAGUCGAGUACAUGGAGAUGGAAAAGAAAUCCCGCGAUCGUGCUUUAUCAAUCUGCCAGGACUACAUCGGGAAAACGUCACGUUUCGCUCUCAUCAAACAGCUCAAUAACAUCGGAUCGAGAGUAGACAAGUAUUGGUUCAUGGUGAGAGAUACGUCGCUGAAGACGGACAGAUUGCUGACUUUGGUGCCGUUGAAUCAGAAUUGUCCAUUGACUGUCUGUCCCUCCACCAAGGACAUCUUGAACAAUCUGUUCCUGGCCUUACAACAUCCCUACAUCUGCCCUGUCUUUCACGUCGAUUUUCUCGAGUAUGAGGACCAAACGUACAUCGUCCUGGUGCAACCCAUCAAUCAGGGCAGCCUUAAGGAUCUAAUACACGGCAUUGAGCGAAACUGCUGGAAUGAGGAUUGGACUCACAAGUAUGCGCGAGGCAAGGGACUCACACUACCGCAAGUGCAACGAAUGGGACGCCAAAUAUUGGAAGCGUUGGUGUUCCUGAAGGAACGAGGAUUCCCCACGGUGACUCAUCUCCAUUCGGGCAACGUGGUGAUUCAGAAUGGCGUUGCGAGACUAGCCGGUCUGGAGAACACUCUUCUAGGCUUCACCAGUCGCAUACAUCCCAUUGUGACGUCCCGAUUAACGCAUGCCACCUCGAUUGAUAUUAUAUGUUUCGGACACAUGCUAUUCGAAAUGUGCGCCGGCUACGAAUUAUGUACCUUCAGACCAUCUGCCGUCCAGUUAUCAGAGAUCGAAAUGUAUCCGCAGGUCGUGAGAUUUCUGGAAUUGAUAUUCACGGAGUCGGAAAAUCAUUUUACCAGCAUAGAGGAGUUGCUGAUCCAUGAUCUUUUCAGGAAUAUCGAUCUCCGCGAGAUGCGAUGCACGGCCGUAACUGUAUUUCGUCCGACCCUGACACCCUCCAUAAUGAGCCUGCUCGACGGAAUUAAACGGCAAGACGCCGGAAAAGGAAUUGCGAAUAUUGGCAGCGAGGACGGUGUAUCGCUGAACAGCUUCAACGGAUCCUUACUCACGCAAAUAUACAACGAGCUUUCACAAACGGCUUUAUAAAAUGUGGGAACAAAGUCUCUCUAUAUACACAUAUACAUAUAUAUACGUAUAUUUUAUUUCUAAAAUAAUGCACGUUCCUAUUAUAUUUGCAAAGUGCCAAGAAAAUAAUUGACCCGACGCUAAUUCUACCAUUAUAUAAUAUAAAGCGCAUGCCAUAGGAUUUGUACAAUGACGAUGUAAAGAUGAUUUUCUUGUUUUCUUGUUUGCUGCUACAGAUAAAAAAAAUUGUCAGCCGUUAAAAAUAAUUUUUCUGGGUAUUGUAAUAAUUCUAGAGACGGAUAACAAUCUCUCGCUCACUAUAGAACCUGAGAAUUAUUUUAGAUUUUUAAUUAGAUAUUAUUUUAAAAUAAUGAGAAUUAUAGAGAAAUCGCAAAAAUAAUAAAACUGGGAAAAGCGUAAAUUGAA